UGUUCCAUGAUUGGACAAGGAGGGCUGCCAAUCAGAAAUUGUUUCAUUCCUUUCCGUUCUAUACUUGACGUGAAGCGUUAGCUUUUGCAUAUGUGUUUCAGUAUGGGCAGCUAGAAAGAGCAGGGCGGUUUUUAGUAUCAUAAGUUUCUUAAAAAGAACACAUAUCUAAAAAAACAACAACAAGGACAUCGAUUCCAAAUGGCUAGAUAUAUUCACUAGCGUAGGACGAAAGCAGACAAGAUUUUAGACUUUUUUAAAAAUUAUUAUUUUUUACUAUUACUAUUUUUUGUAUCGAUAAAAUGCCAACUGCAACUAUUUUGCCUUUCACUACUCCGAGUAGGAAGUCUGUAAGCCCCAGCUCUUUCCGACUCACGGAGAAAUUUAUUUUGCUUUUAGUUUUCAGCGCUUUUGUCACUCUGUGUUUCGGUGCAUUUUUCUUUUUGCCGGAUUCAUCUAAGCUGCUGAGCGGAGUGUUUUUCCAUUCUUCCUCUGUGGAGACUAACACAAAAACAGGCACAGACAGCGAUGGUAUCCACGGGGCUGGCAAUGAUGAAAACAAGUUAUCAAGGAUCCGAAAAGAUCACGAGAAGGCUCUGAGCGAAGCGAAGGACACCCUGCAGAAGCGACCAGACGAGAUCCAACGAGAAAUUCAGAACGAGAAGGAAAACGUUAUUAACAAUGUAUUUGUUAACAGAGGAGACGGUGACAGUUUGCCCAAAAUUAACUUUCAGAAGCCACCGGGAGCAGCAGGGCGUGAACCUUCAGACCCGGAAACCAAAGAAAAAAGGGCAAAAAUAAAAGAGAUGAUGAAAUUUGCCUGGGAUAAUUACAAACAAUAUGCUUGGGGAGUGAAUGAGCUGAAGCCUGUCUCAAAACAAGGACAUUCAAGCAAUUUAUUUGGUAGCAUUCAAGGAGCUACGAUAGUGGAUGCACUUGAUAGCCUGUACAUCAUGGAUAUGCAGGAUGAGUUUAAAGCUGCCACAGAUUGGGUUGAGAAGAGUUUAAACUUCAAUGUGAAUGCUGAAAUAUCGGUCUUCGAAGUAAACAUCCGGUUUGUUGGUGGACUUCUAUCAGCCUAUUAUCUCUCGGGAGAAGAGGUAUUCAGGAAGAAAGCAGUUGAACUAGGAGAGAAGCUGUUGCCAGCCUUCAAUACCCCCACUGGAAUCCCCUGGGCCCUGCUUAAUAUUAAGAGUGGAAUAGGCAGAAAUUGGCCCUGGGCAUCAGGAGGUAGCAGCAUCUUGGCUGAGUUUGGAACUCUCCAUUUAGAAUUCAUGCAUCUGAGUGAACUCUCUGGGAAGCCUGUAUUUGCUGAGAAGGUAAUGAACAUUCGAAAAGUUUUGAACCGUUUGGAAAAACCACAAGGCUUAUACCCGAACUACCUAAAUCCUAACAGUGGACAAUGGGGCCAGCAUCACGUAUCAGUUGGAGGUCUUGGGGAUAGUUUUUAUGAGUAUUUGCUCAAGGCAUGGCUGAUGUCAGACAAGACAGAUGAAGAAGUCAAGAAAAUGUAUUACGACUCCAUUCAGGCCAUCGAGUCGCACUUAAUCAGAAAAUCCAGCGGGGGCUUUACCUAUAUUGCAGAGUGGAAGGGAGGCUUGCUAGAACACAAAAUGGGUCAUCUGACGUGCUUUGCUGGAGGCAUGUUUGCACUUGGGGCAGAUGGGGCACCAGAUGAGAAAACUGGACACCAAAUGGAACUGGCUGCUGAAAUCGCACGCACAUGUCAUGAGUCGUAUUCCCGCACCACUCUGAAAUUGGGACCAGAAGCCUUCCGGUUCGACGGAGGUGUUGAAGCCAUUGCCACGAGGCAGAACGAGAAGUACUUCAUCUUGCGACCGGAGGUUAUUGAGACGUACUUGUACAUGUGGAGGUUUACUCACGACCCCAAGUACAGGCAGUGGGGCUGGGAAGCAGUGCAGGCACUGGAGCAGUACUGCAAAGUAAAUGGAGGAUAUUCUGGGAUUAGAGAUGUUUACGCCAGUCGCCCAAGCCAUGAUGAUGUGCAGCAAAGCUUUUUCUUGGCAGAAACACUCAAAUAUCUGUACCUGCUGUUUUCAGAAGAUGAUCACCUUCCUUUUGAACACUGGGUUUUCAAUACAGAAGCGCAUCCACUUCCAGUCAUCAGGAAAGAAAAUAUUAAGAAACCAGAAGUGUAGAAAACCAGCAACGUCUUCCAUAAAUGAUGGCAUCUCUACAAGGCAGAUGACAGACUUCUCCACUCUUCACUCUACUGUCUUGUAACAUACAUUGAAUCUGAGAAGAAACUGGAUCAAAUUUGGGGUUAUUACAUUUAGUUAAUCUUGUCCCUGAAACUCAUUAGAACUAAGGUAAGUGUAUAGGAUUUCCCCCCCAGCCUUACAUAAUUUAAUUGCAGUCUGCAUGUUCCCUGUAUUUUUUAAUAGAAGUCUUUGACUAUAGAGAUAGACUGCAAGAUUCUUUCCUCCUCUGUGAGGAGAUGGAGGCUGCUUUCAGCUGUAAUUUUUGUUGCAUUUCAAAAAAGCCAUAAUGAGCUAGAAAGCUUUAUCAUUCACAAAGACAUUUUUCCCUGUUGAUUUUGUCUCAUUUUCUGUCUGUGGUGUCCACUGAACAUCAAAGACAACAGAUGACUAAAACUGUCUUUAAAAUGUUUUUAUUGAUUACGGUAUGUUUUCUUUUUCUAAGAUCACCUUUUUAAUAUGAAGCACUGGGUCUGUGUUUUAAUAAUGGUAACCACAGUGCACAGCCAUUGUAUCCAAUCACAUUAAAUAGGGCCUUAUCUGUCUCUUUCAGAAUAAUAAGUCAUACACAUUCACGUUGCCGAGUUCAUUGUUUUUGUUGGAAAGAAAUUAUUGCUGCUUUUAAGUUCUGUGUGUAGUGGUGUGAUUUAGGCUACUGUGGCUUUGUUCAUAAACCCACACUGCCACCCACUGGAACUCUGAAAUGAGUACAUCAACCCCAAGAUUAGGCUGGUCACCCCAUAUGCGACUGCAAAGUAGGAAAUAUAAUAUUUAUUGGAAAAAUACCUUUACAAACUCUCAGUGCUUGCCUCCCAAAGACAGUGUAGUAAUGAGGCGACGGUAUGCCAUUGUGUCCCUUUGCUAAAGAAUGCAGAUGCAGUAUACCAAUUUGAAAAAAAAAAUGUUCACAGAUUAAGAAUCAUGGAAUAUUUUAUUGUAAAAUUCUUCAUAAUUUUUUCUGUGUCAUAAAUCUACAUAUUUCUGUUAAGCAAUUCGGUGGCAAGAUUGUAUCAAAUAUUUUUUAUGGAGUUUUACAAAGGAAGAUGUUGGAUUAUGAAUGAAAAGGGGAAAAUAUUAGUGAAUUUUACUGAAUGAAUGAGUAAAUGAAAGAAAUUAAUGAUGAGGAUUUGCAUUUCAAUUAUGUUUUUUUUUUUUUUGGGGGGUGGGGGGGUUGUUUGUUUGUUUGUUUGUUUAAUUUAUCCUGGAAAGCACAAGCUUCUUGGUUUUAUAAAGUGUGGUAUUUUGUUGUGAGAACCUAGUUGGUGUAAAAAAAGCACAAUUAGGAAACCAUUUAAUUAUGAAAUGAAAAUAAAGAGGUGUGAGGAAACAAGUAAUUUGAAUGGACUCAUUGUCCUACACUGGAUUAUUAACUAUUCAGCAAUACAAUGUUUACUGUGUAUAAAGUUCCUAUUAGUAGGCAAGCCAAUACAAUAAAAACCGUAGGUGUUAUAGCCAGAAGGAUGUUUUUUUCAGUUUGUUCUUUGUAAUCUAUAAAAUAUAAACACAACUUAAACACAGCAAUUAAGAUAUCUUGUAGGAAGUAACAAAGACCCUAUUUACAAAGGUUUUAAAAAAAAUAUCUGGCUGUUUUUGGUGGGUUAAAUGUAGUUUGGAUUAUUAGUUUUGAUAUUUAUCAAACUGAUUUUAAACUACUUUUUAACUUUGGUUUCCAUGCAUAGGAAAAUCCAUCAAAGCAGACUUAUUUUACAAUGCAUUAGUAAGGCCUCAUCUAUUGUGUUCAGUUUUGGUCACCUCGUUACAAAAAGGAUUUUGCUGCUCUAGAAAGAGUGCAAAGAAGAGCAACCAGAAUUAUCCUGGGUUUAAAAGGCAUGUCAUAUGCAGACGGCUAAAAUAAUUGAAUCUAUUCAGUCUUGAACAAAGAAGACUACGCUGUGGUCUGAUUCAAGCAUUCAAAAUUCUAAAAGGUUUUGACAAUGUUGACCCAGUGGACUUUUUCGACCUGAAAAAAGAAACAAGGACCAGGGGUCACAAAUUGAGAUUAGAUAAAGGUGCAUUCGGAAACAGAAAAUAGGAGGCACUUUUUUACACAGAGAACUGUGAGGGUCUGGAACCAACUCCCCAGUAAUGUUGAAACUGACACUCUGGGAUCCUUCAAGAAGCUGCUUGACGAGAUUCUGGGAUCAAUAAGCUACUAACAACCAAACGAGCAAGAUGGGCCGAAUGGCCUCCUCUCGUUUGUAAACUUUCUUAUGUUCUUAUCUUUGAGAAAGUUGUCCUUUGUGACUCUUUGUGAAGGGGUGAAGUUACUUCUCAGGUUACUGACCCUUUCUGUUGUUGGUCCAGGGGAUAUUGGAACUAUCUAGACAAAUUCAUAGAAAAAACACAACUUAUUUUGGUUGACCUAAUUUUCUUAAACAUCUGAAGAGAUGCAUUGCUUCAGUUGUCUUUUACAGCAUAUUAUACCUAAUAAAACACACAGCAAACAUGUCAGCCCUCCUGAGGUCUUGGCGCACCAAGUCGCGGACAUGUUUCAGCUGAAAUUUAUAUAUUUUAAGAAUUAUUGUUGAUAAUAUUAUUGUUAAUACUUGUUUAAUUAUUAAAUUACAGUAUUAUUUACAGUUACUGUUCCGGUGCAGGCUACUGCUAGUCUCGUGUUUGUACUGACUAGUAGUUUAGCCAGUGGUUGACUUGCAGGUGGGCAUGCGUGCUAACAUGCCACUAGCAGUAACUGGUUUUAUCGCCCCCGUUCUCACAGUGUCGGUACCGAGGCCCCGUGUCGGCACAGAGUGAGCUACUGCAGCGUUACAGGUUAAAAUAACGCCAGGGUGAGUAGAGUGGUUUAUGUUCGCAGGGGGCGGAGCAGCACUAAAUCACCCUCCUCUGACAAGUGUCUUUGGGUAUAAAGUUUUUCAGGUUUGGGUGUCUUAAGUGGGAACACCCAUUUUGUAAUGGUUAAUAUUCCUAUUUCAGGGAACCAGGGUUAUGAUAAUAACCUAAUGUUUUAUGAGGUGUAAUAUGGAGUAAAUGUCAACGUUCAUUUACUUUUACUAAAUCUGCUUUUAUAUCAUUGUGUGAAAGGAAAUACAUUCCAUAUAGCGCUGUUCCUAAAUGUGUACACAGAUUAUCGCCUUUAUGUUAACAUAGAUGUCUAGGGAUUCAUUGUUUUCAUUUGCAAAUUCCUGCCUGAUGUACUCUUUUAUUCUCAUUUUAGACAUACUUGUGGGUUUUUUGUUUGUUUGUUUUGUUAUUUUAUUAAUUGGAUUAUUACCUGUCUAACUAUAAAGGAAUAAAAACAGAAAGGUUGCAGCUGUAUGUACAGUAGUAAUCUGUUAAAAUGAGCCUAUUAUGUUUCUCUUGGGGUAUGUUCUGUGGUAAUACUGGAAUUUUGUAUGUACUGUAUAGUGUACAGUUAAGUGUCAUUUCCCUGCAUCGGUAGGAAAAAAAAAAAGGGUUUAUUUUCAAAUGCCAGCUAAAAGUAUCUGGUUUUAUGACAUAAACAGGAAUCGUACAGUACAUUUACAAUGGCUUUUUGUGACAUUAUAUUGUUAUGUUUUUGUGAUAUGUGAGUGUACACUAUUGCUGAAUAAUCAUCCCAUUGCACAUACAGUUUCUCUUAAUUUAUAUGCAAUUAAAGGUGUGUGUUUUUGUUUAAUUUCAGUUCAUUAUAUUUGUUUUUAAUAUGUAAAUAUUCCAUUCUGGCAUAUAUGCCUUUCCACCUUUAUAUAAAUCUAUGACGUUACAGAAUAUAUAAUUAAAAAGAGCUGCAAAAUUUAAUAACUAUAUUUGUAACAUUUCUCUAUUGUGAAUAAAAUUCUUUUAAUAAA